AUGUCGGUGAUUCACCAAGCAGCAGUGCCUGCUCCCGACGAUGAUGUGCCCACAUCCACAUCGAGGGAACAAAGAGAGACGGAAGACCAAAUUAGCGACCUGUUCACCCCUUUCAGAUCAUCCUCAUCCUCGUCAGCUUCAGCUUCAGAACCUGCGCAGUCCGCUCAAGCAGGCCUGUCGUUGCCCUCCCUGAGCAAAUCAAAACACUUGGCAUUCCUCAAAAAGGGACUUCAACCUCUACCCGCAGGCUACGUCGUGUUCGACGCCACUAGACCAUGGUUGAUCUACUGGGCCUCUCAAGCCAGUCUCCUCUUGUCCUCUCCCUUUGACGCAGACAUGUCGGCAAGAGCCACGAGCACGCUAUUGUCCUGUCAAAGUCCCAUGGGAGGAUUUGGUGGAGGUCCUGGUCAGAUUCCCCACUUGAUGGCCACGUACGCUGCUGUACUCGCUCUGGCCAUCGUCAGCGGACCUGGACAUGCACCAGACAUCGCAGACGCAGCGGGCCCCAGCAGUAGCAGCAGCGGCGGCGGCGGCGGCGGCGGCAAGAGCGGAUGGGACUCGAUCGAUCGCUCUGCAAUGUACAACAUGUUCAUGUCCCUCAAACAGCCCGAUGGAUCUUUUACCGUACAUCACGGAGGGGAAAUCGACGUGCGUGCGGCGUACUGUGUGGUCACAGUCAGCCUGUUGUUGGGGAUCGCGACUCCAGAGCUAUUUGAAGGCUUGCCAAGCUUCUUGGGCAGCUGCCAAACGUACGAAGGCGGCCUAGCGUCCGCUUCGCAUCCCGCAUACAAGACUUCUUCGAAUGGCAAAGUCACCAUCGACCCGAACGCACCUCGGCCCACUCUGGGAGAAGCGCACGCAGGCUACGCUUUCUGCGCCUUGGCUUCUCACCUCGCCCUCUCUCUCUUACCGCUGCCAGCAUCAGAACCUUCAGAGCCUCGAAUAGACGUGUCCGCGCUCGUCGCUUGGUCUGCUUCGUUGCAGGCCAACGCGGCGGAUGGAGGUGGCUUCAGAGGCAGAACGAACAAGCUGGUGGACGGGUGCUACGGAUGGUUCAGUGGUGGUGGCAUGUUCACUUGCCUGCAGGCUGCAGUGGAGAUGGAAGCAGGACAAUGGUGGAAAGAGGCCGAGACGGGGAGCAUUCCUGCUCAGAGCACGGGCGAAGCAAUGGAAGCUGAUGACGUGUGGCAAGCAGAUGACGGUGAGUCGUCCUACCCGCUAUCUCUUCCUGCCGAUGGCGUACUGUUUGACAGGGCAGCCCUUCAAGAGUACGUCUUGGUGGUGGCGCAAGAAGCUUUGGGUGGAUUGAGGGACAAACCAGGAAAAAGACCUGAUCUCUAUCACACCUGCUACAACCUCUCCGGCAUGUCCUUGGCUCAACAUCGACUUCGACUAGACCUGGACGGUCGAUCCGAACUAGCAGCCUCUUUCAAAUACGGAACCAAUUCCCCCGAGCCUAGCGACGCGCGACACGCCGCGCCUUGGGAGAAGAAAGAUUUGCACGAAUGGAGAAGAGCUUGUUACGCUUCUUCCCUAUCUUGGAACGCCGAUGCUGAAAAGGUCAAUGUGGUCGGCGACGGAGGCAAGAAUUGGUUGUUGCCUACGCAUCCCAUCUUCAACAUCCCGUUUCCUUGCGCAAAGUCCAUGAUGGACUGGUCUUACGGUCAAAGCUGA